CCGGCUUCCAAGCAUGACCAAACGGAUAGCGUCGGCGCGGUGGACCGUCCUGGACCUGGACGUCGUCCUCAUUGCCAUCGUGCGAUGCACCACCGAAGCACGCGAUGUCUUCGCCUUUCUCUCGGCGCUGCCGCCGUUACUCCUCGUGCCAUCGCUGGCGGCGCUGCGCCAGCUGCUCACAUCCGACACAUCACGCCACCACUGGCCGCAACCAUGCAUUAGCACGGACUGGCGCGAGAGCGCUGCGCUUCUAGCGGCUGCGAUGCCCACCUUCCACUCAGUGUCGCUCCAUUGCGGGCUGCCCAACGCCGGACAGCAUUCCGGCUGGCGGACGGUGGCGCCGCCGAUAAGUGAUUUCACUCAGCCUUACUGCGCGUUUGUGGCGCGGUGGGCUACCAAGGUAGAACGGCUCGUCGCCGAUUUCAACAGUCGCUCCGAGUACGACGACGAGUACUUUCGGCUGCUACGAAUGUGCACCAACCUCCGGCGCGUCGUCGUCUUUGGGAGUCCGUGUAUGCUGGAAGCCGUGACGACAGAGACGCACUGCGUGUCCGAGCUCACCAUCUUGAGCAACCGCGAUUGGAAUGACUCGGUCGUACGCAAUCUCGCUCGAUGGUUGGCGUCGGGCCACGCCGUGUACUUGCGGCUCAACAGCUGGGACGCGACCAGCGACGCGGGAAUGGCGCGGGCGCUCGCCAUGUCACCGACGCUGUCGCACCUCGUUCUCGAGGGCGCAACGGCCAUUAUCGCUGGCCUUGUCGCCAACGGUCUCGUCUUGCGCUACAUCACGCAUCUUGAUCUCACGCCCGGUACCCACGUUGAGGCUCUCUUGCCACUCAUCGAUUUGAAUCAGCUCACAACGCUCAAGCUACGUGCACGCGCCGGCGAACGACGCGACGUUAGCUAUCUCUUACCGGCGCUGUCCCGCAUGACGGCUCUCAACGAGCUUGAGCUCGUCAAUGUCAGCAUCAACGAGAUGCCGGCGAUACCUCCGCCGUUGGCUGUGCGCAUCCAAGCUAUCACGCUGGACCGCGUCACCUUUUCAAUGGAGAGUCGCCGGGUGCUUCUGCAUUGGGCCAUGAGCUCGAGCCGUCUCCAACACCUCUCGUGGCCUAACAGCACCAGCGCCGAGCAAGGUUUCAAUGGCGAAUACCUUUGCACGUGCAUUCUAGCCGGGGUGCACACCAUCGACUUUGAUUGGAUGUUCAGCGCACGGGACGCCGCCGUCUUGGCGACUGCUAUCCGCGGAGCGACGGCCCCACGCAGCGCAACGUUGCAUAUACAUCAAAGCGCGUUUCGUCGACCCAGCGUCGAGUAUCUUCGGCGCGCCUUGGCCACAUGCUUUAAUGUCCGCGUCGUGAUCGCUGAGAGCGGCGACAUGCUUCAGAGCCCAGUAGCCGCUUUACCAGACCCGUAGUAGCCUUCCAAAGCGACGUCAACGUCCAUCGCGCCAGCCUCGUACUAGUACAUCGCCAUGGAAAAGCGCUGUGUGUAUAUAGUUGUCUCUUGCGUUGUGGA